GACGAUUCAGGCAUCACACACCUUCAGAUAGUUUGAAGCCUCUCCAGUGCAGCACGUCGUUUUAAACGGUACUCGUAUGAAAACCCACAGACACAAAAAGGAAGCUUUGCCAUGAAAUUCUUCGCGUGAGCAUCCGAGCUCGAGGACGCGCGUGUCGGGCUGAUGCCGAGCGCUGUCCGCGGUGCUGAAAUCAAGCGCGUCCACUCCAGACACUGACAGCGAAUCGAAUAGAUGAUAUUUCACGUCCAGCCUCCGUGGAAGGGAUGAGGGGAUUCUUCAUGACCACGCCGCUGCUCGUAUUGAGCUGCUUUGGAGCGUCGUGGGUCGUCGCUGACAGCUUGGUAGCUCCAGUGAACGUGUCGAUCAAAGAUCUGAAGUCCAACUAUGCUCUGCUCACAUGGGACACGCCAGACAGGGAGUCAGUCAUCGGAUUUGCCAUCACACAGCAGAAAAAAGACGUGCACAUGCUGCGCUUCAUCCAGGAAGUGAACACCACUAUGAGGAGCUGUGCAUUGUGGGAUUUGGAGGCAGACUCAGACUACAUUGUGCACGUUCAAUCCAUCAGCGUAAGCGGACCGAGUCCUGUCAGUGAACCGCUGCAGUUCAGAACACCGAGAGAAGCUGAAACACAAGCAUCCAAAAGCAAAGAAGAAGUUACCAUGGAAGAAGUAGAACAGAAUGCUCAGCUGAGGGCAGGAGAGUUCAUCAUCAUCGUGGUGGUUCUGGUCAUGUGGGCCGGUGUGAUAGCUCUCUUCUGCCGUCAGUAUGACAUCAUCAAAGACAACGAACCAAACAAUAAUAAGGAUAAAGCCAAGAACUCAUCCGAGUGCAGUACGCCCGAGCAUCCAUCAGGUGGACUGCUGCGGAGCAAAGUAUAAGAGUCCAGAAGACGCCAGGCAAGAGUUCAUCCCAUCGGACAGUAACAGCAGCAACAACAGGACGCCAUCUUUGAACAUGAUUAAAGUGUCAUCAAAAGAUGACGCUGUUACCCACAUGUGCUCAUUCGGGACUUCUGGGUGUUAUCUAAAGCCAAAUCUGUAAUCUGGAAUAUUUCUGCUGGACUGGGAACACAGUGAGCACAUCUGAAGGAUGUUGUGAAAGUGAACCUUCACGCUGACUCCUCUGGAUCCAGCGGACUGAAGAUGAGAAGAAAUCUGUGGCUGAAUGGAGAGAAACACCAGAGAAACGCAGAACAGAAAAAGGAAUUCUGUCUUUCCUUAAACAAACUGUAUUCUGCAUCACUACAGAUGUGGACGAGGAGCUUGAUGUAUAUUCUUCGACUUAGUGUGAUGAAAUCUAUCUCAACCUUUGUUUGCCACUUAAAAUGGACAACGUGCACAGAACAGAACAGAACAGCCAGACCUCGGGACAAACCCGCACAUUUUUUAUUUACAUAAUUGUAGUCAAAAUGAUAAAAUAACAGAAAUUGACGUUUGGGAAUUAUGCCGUUUCCAAAAAUGUAAAAACAAACCACAAACCAACAAACACUUUCUUUAAAGGUGCCAGUUCCUAGAAUACAGUUCUGCAUGUUCUCAUUUAGAGAAUGCUCAUUCUAGGGUUGUGUGGUUCCAUAAAGAACCUUUAACAUCCACCUUUUGUUGCAGAAAAGGUUCUUUGGAAGAAGACUCUUUGGUUCUUUAGUGAACCAAAAGUGAUUUCUCUAUGGCAUCACUGUGAAGAUUGUGAAUGUUUUUUUUAACCAGAACUCAUAGAAACAGAACACGUCCUAGUUCACAUAAUCGGGAUUUGGGUAAAGAUCAGUAUAUUGACUUUUGAUUGCAGACUUGACAUAUCUGAGCUCAGUUUGAUCUCUUCCGAAACUCGUUUCUCAGGAGAAAUAUCUGAGACGGAGAAAACUCGCACUUAAUCUCAGUGAAUUAUUUUGACAUCAAAAAGAUCUCUUCUGUGGUUUUUUCUUUCUCACAGUCUGUCACACUUAUUAGUAAAUAGUUCUUUAAACAAACUGAUUAUAGUGAGCUAUACCAAGUAAACGACAACAAAUCUUUUGAGAGCUUUCAAGAGUUUGAAAGAGUCUAAGGAAGGACUAGGAGAAACUACUGAAGAAAACAUUUAAAGGAAGAACCCAUCUGUCCUGGGCCCACAGAUGACUUUUGUUUGGAAGAUUUGAGUUAGAACUUCUGUUCAAUAGUAAUGAAGUGAUAUUUCUGUCUGUUUUCUCAUAAAUGUGAAUGUUGUCUCUGGGAGAAACUAAACUCUCUCAACAAGGGCUGAACAUCUCUCGCGUCAGCAAUAACAUCAUGAGGGAUUCUGACCGGCCCUCCAUGAACUUACUGAAUUUAUCCUGAUGGGACUAUCAGUGAUGGUCAAUUACUAUGAUUUAUGGGAAUCUGAGGUCUAAACACUACCGUGUUCUCAAUUUGACAGUGACCUUAUCAACAUUCUCCUGGACACAGUGUCAUUAAAUCUG